AUGGCGUCCUCGCGCAAGGUGUUCUCCCUUGAGGGAAAGGGGCUCAAGCUCGACACUGCUGAUGACCUUGAACCCCACAUCGUCGAGUUGCGCUCGACCGACGUCGAGGAGGUCAAGUUCCUGGGAAACACCCUGGGCGUUGGCGCUUGCAAGCGUCUCGGUGAGGUUUUGGCCACCAAGAACAACCUCCAGUCCGCCGACCUCUCCGACAUUUUUACCGGCCGCCUCCUGAGCGAAAUCCCCGAGGCCCUGUCCUCCCUCCUCACUUCGAUCCUCAACCUUCCCAAACUCACGACGAUCAACCUGAAUGACAAUGCCUUUGGUAUCAACACUCAGGCACCCGUCGUUGCCUUCCUUGCUGCCCACGUUCCCCUCCAGCACCUGUAUCUGAACAACAACGGUCUAGGUCCCCACGCCGGUAUCCUGGUGGCGGAUGCGCUCUCUGAGCUGCACGCCAAAAAAGAGGCGGCGAGAAAGGAAGGCAGGGAUGUCCCAUACCUUGAGACUGUUAUCUGUGGUCGCAAUCGUCUGGAGAAUGGCAGUAUGCAGGCCUGGGCCAAAGCCUUCAGCCUCCACAACAAGAUCAAGGAGAUCAAGAUGGUCCAGAACGGCAUUCGCCAGGAGGGCAUCAGCCACCUCAUCAGCGAGGGUCUGAACCACGCGACGGAGCUUCGCAUCCUUGACCUCCAGGACAACACCUUUACCGUCUCAGGUGCCAAGGCUGUGGCCAGUGUUCUCCCUACAUGGUCGCACCUCCAGGAGUUGGGUCUCAACGAUGCCUACCUCACGGCCAAGGGUACCGCUCUCGUCGCCAGGGCUCUUGCUAAGGGAAAGCAGGACAAGCUUGAGAUUCUUCGCCUGGCUUUCAACGACAUCACCCCUAAGGCUCUGAUUGGCAUCGCAAGUGCCGUUUCCGACUCUCUGCCUGCGCUGAAGAAAGUUGAGCUCAACGGCAACAAGUUUGAGGAGGAGGACCCAUCCGUCACCGCUAUCCGCGAGCAGCUUGAGGAGCGCAAGGAGAAGAUCGGCGGCGACAUCGUCGACGAGGACGCGUGGGGUCUCGACAGCCUCAGCGACCUCGAGGGCGAGGACUCUGACGAGGAGGAAGAGGAGGAAUCUGAGGAGGAAGAGGAGGAGGAGGAGUUGAAGCCUGCUAAGAGAACCGAAAUCCUCGUCAAGGAGGCCGAGGAAGCUCAGGAGGGGCCCACCGUCCAGCUCAAGGACAAGGAGGUGGACGACCUGACCAAGAAGCUGUCCAAGACGGAGAUUUAG